AUGAAGAGUAGAAAUGCUAAAAAUUUUAAGAUAGUUGAACAGGAAGAUUAUUACGGCACUGCCAAGAGUGAGGAGGACGUGGACGAGCUAAAUUUUGAGGAAUCUGACGAAGACUUACCAGUGGUCGUAAACGAAGCUGAAUUUUUAAAACAACUUAAAAAUGAGGAAAAAGAGAAAUCCAAGUCACCCUCACCGCCCCGAAGAACCAUCAAUGAGAUGGCUGAUGAGGAUGACAUUGUGUAUCGUGACAAGUUUGGAAAACGUAUAACAAGAGAUCAAUGGCUCCUACUCAAUCACAGGGAAAAGAGGGGAAGAGAGGAGCCGAAACAGGAGCUGGUUUGGGGUAAAGGCCUGGUACAAAUAAAAGAAAAGGAAGAAAUCUUAAAAGAGGAACAAAAAAUCAUUAACCAAUCCUUUCAAAAGUAUGUUCAACUCAUUUUAACUAAUUUUGAUAUUGACCAGGACUACGAUGAAGAAUUAAAGGAAAAAAAGAGAUGGAGUGAUCCAAUUAACACAAAUUCCAACCAACAGAGUGAGGAGCCGAGAUGUAGGUUUAGUAUGGUUCCGAAUAGGUUUAACAUUGAGCCUGGAUACCGCUGGGACGGUGUCAUCAGAGGUAAUAACUACGAACAAAGAUGGUUCGAAGCGAGAGCUGUGGAUAUGGCUAAAGAUAAACAGGCUUAUUUAAACAAUAUCUCCGAUUUGUAA